ACCUGCUCGUGCCACCAUGUCUGCAGUCAACCCCGUCAACCCGAAGCCUUACAUGCAGGAGCUCACUGGCAAGCCUGUCUACGUGCGCCUAAAAUGGGGGCUCGAGUACAAGGGCUUCUUGGUGAGCACGGACGGGUACAUGAACCUGCAGCUCGCGAACACGGAGGAGUUCCAGGAUGGCAAGUCGAACGGCGCGCUCGGCGAGGUGUUCAUUCGGUGUAACAAUGUCCUAUAUAUAAGAGAGGCAAAGGACUGAUCCACGGUGCUCCUCCACUAUCCGCGGACAUCCCUCCCUCGCAUUUGCUCCGCUGUCUCUGCUCUCUCGUGCCCACGCACUCCUGUAUUCUAUCUUGUCGGAUUUGCCGCUUUGCGGGCCCAAAAACAUGUACUUCUCGCAUGUCUCGUACAGGCUAUGGCACUAUGUGAGCCAUAGAUCCGUCUGCUCAGAUGUACUUGGGGUGAGAACAGUCUCGGCGUAGAGUGAGUCGAAAGAUAUGAUGGUCAGGAAGAGUCGUCGACAGGUCGUCAAUGGAUCACUCUUCGCCAUUGGGCUUGACGGGCAGGGGCAUGUUCAAGCCCACGCGAUGUGCUGUCCUCUCAUUUCGCUCCUCUGUCGAUAUGCCUGCCAAGGGCUGAUACCGCUCGAGCAGCGCCUUGUGCGUCCGUUGUGCGCGCAUAAACGUCGCCGCGUUGCGCAUCUCGUGGUAGAACCGCACGCUGUCGUUUCCAUCCCGACGCUCCUCAAAGAUGGUUCGUAUGUGCGUAGCUAUCUGUUUUGGCCGCGCGGCGCGAGCGUGGAUGGAAGCGAGGUUGGUUUCGCGCACAAUGGCGCGGUACGCGGACCUGUGCUGAGCAGUCGCCAUAGCGUCGUGGUCGCAAAGUGCGUUUCUGCGGUGAAGACAGCGAAGUGGACUCGCAGUGAGC